GUUGCAAUCAUAUGACUUGUCGAUCGAUAGAGAAAUAAUAAAGGUUGCAAUUUCGUGAACGCUGCUGCUACGUUGGAAAAGUUAAUUACCAUUUAACUCAAACAGCCGAACGAGUGACAAACUGUGACCAGCAGCCAACUCUUUGAAGCCACCAACAACAACAACAACAGUUCUCACACUCUCUAUCCCACCCUCUGCGUGCGUUUGCCUGUGUGCGUAAGUCACAAUAAUGGACAGCUCGGGAUUCAUGUUCAACGUCGACAAUGGCUAUCUGGAGGGCCUGUGCCGCGGCUUCAAGUGCGGCAUACUGAAGCAGGCGGACUACCUGAACCUGGUGCAGUGCGAGACCUUGGAGGAUCUGAAGCUGCAUCUGCAGGGCACGGACUACGGCAGCUUUCUGGCCAACGAGCCGUCGCCGUUGUCGGUGUCCGUGAUCGAUGACAAGCUGCGCGAGAAGCUGGUGAUCGAGUUCCAGCAUAUGCGCAACCAUGCGGUGGAGCCGUUGUCCAACUUCCUGGACUUUAUCACGUACGGCUAUAUGAUCGAUAAUAUCAUAUUGUUGAUCACGGGCACGCUGCACCAGCGUCCCAUUUCGGAGCUGAUACCCAAAUGCCAUCCGUUGGGCAGCUUUGAGCAGAUGGAGGCGAUACAUGUGGCAUCCACGCCCGCUGAGCUCUACAAUGCCGUGCUGGUGGAUACGCCGCUGGCGCCGUUCUUUGUUGAUUGCAUCUCCGAGCAGGAUCUGGACGAGAUGAACAUUGAGAUCAUACGCAAUACCCUGUACAAAGCCUACCUGGAGGCAUUCUACAACUUCUGCAAGAACAUGGGCGGCUCCACCGCCGAUGUCAUGUGCGAGAUUCUGGCCUUCGAGGCUGAUCGUCGCGCCAUCAUCAUAACGAUCAAUUCGUUCGGCACGGAGCUCUCCAAGGACGAUCGCGCCAAGCUGUAUCCCAACUGCGGCAAGAUGUAUCCCGAUGGGCUGGCCGCAUUGGCGCGCGCCGACGACUACGAACAGGUGAAGACCGUCGCCGAGUAUUAUGCCGAGUAUGCGGCGCUGUUCGAUGGAUCCGGCAACAAUCCGGGCGACAAGACGCUGGAGGACAAGUUCUUCGAGCACGAGGUCAAGCUGAACGUGUUUGCGUUCUUGCAACAAUUCCACUUUGGUGUCUUCUAUGCGUACCUUAAGCUCAAGGAGCAGGAGUGCCGCAACAUUGUCUGGAUUGCCGAGUGCGUCGCCCAGAAGCAUCGCGCCAAGAUCGACAACUACAUACCCAUAUUCUAAGCUACCUGUCACGUGAUCGGCGGCUCCCAUAACGCAUACAAAAUAAUUUCUAAAAAGCAAUUUUUCUUUCGUGUCGUUUAGCAUCCAACUUUUUUUUGUUUUUUUUUUUCUUUCGUUUCCCUGUUAUGCAAUUGUUAAUGUGUAUGUAUAUUAUUAUUAUUAUGAUAUGAUACUAUUGUAUAUGUAUUUUUUGUUUCGAGUAUUAUUCCAACAAACUGUUGCUCUGCACGAAAGUCUUGUUAGGUGCAAUGCAGCUCCCGUUCCCGUUUCCAUUCCGAUUCCGAUUUCGGUUAAACAUUAACUAUAAAACAAUUGUUAACUCUUUCGAACAUGCAGCUGCGCAUUAAAUAUAAAUAUAAAUACAAAUAUAUAUCCAUAUAUCAUAUUGU